AUGCCGGAGCCCGACACGUCCGCCCAGGACCUCACGCGAUGGAAGAAGAAGAAGGAGCCGAUGCACCGCACCGUCAGCCAGAUCUGCCCGCCGCCUCGGCGGCCCCUGACGCUGGCCGACAUCCGCCCGGGCAUGGAGAACGAGCGGCUGGGGGUCGUCCGCGACUCCAUGUUUCAGAACCCGCUCAUCGUCAAGGUGAGGCGCCCGCCGAAUUUUGGGCUCCCUUAUUCCCAUGCUGGGACAUCUUCUGUACACAAGCUUAUCCCCUCACUGGCAGGAAGCCACAAAGGUGGCCCAAAAGCAGAGCUGGGCAAGCCAAGGGAGAGAAACUGCAGCCUGCCCGGUGUUGAAUUCAACUACGGCCUCUACACCCGGGGCCUGGACGGAGGGGUCCCCGAAGCCAUCGGGCACUGGAACGUGCUUAAGCAGCAGCCCACCUGCCCCCAGGAGCUGACCCGGAACUACAUCGCCAUGAACCGAGGGGCGGUGAAAGCCGGCCUGGUGACGGCCCACGAGAACGUUCUCUACCGGAGGCUCAAUGACAUCCGCAUCAGUGAGCAGGAUGACAGGCGCCUGAAGAAGGAGCCACCGUCCAUCCCUGCGGACAUGACUUUCGGGAUCCAGUCACGGCCGUCGACGCCCUUCUUCGAUCUGCUUCAACAUCGCUACCAGCAGCUGUGGGUGCAGGAGCAGAAGGCCACGCAGGCAGCCAUCAAGCUGGAGAAGAAGCAGAAGGUGGUCCUGGGGAAGCUGUACGACACCCGGAGCAGCCAUCUGCGGAAGUACAAGCCCCCCGUGAAGCUGGACAGCCUCUGGCACAUGCCUCACUUCCAGAAGGCCGUCUCCCAGCUGGACACGUUCCCCACGGAGGCCGAUCGCCAGCGAGCCUUCAGAGCGCACCGUGAAGAGCAGGCUGUGCGCCAGGGGACACUGCGCAUGGGCAACUACACCCACCCCUAG